CGCCCGGCGCGCAUGCGCAGGCAUCCCAGAACCAGAAGCAGCGCGGGGCUGGGCAUGGCGGCGGCGGCCGAGGGUGUCCCAGAGACUCACCGCGAGGAGCCCGUUCGGGAUGAUGCCGCCGUGGAGACCGCUGAGGAAGCAAAAGAGCCCGCUGAGGCUGACAUCACUGAACUCUGCCGGGACAUGUUCUCCAAGAUGGCAACUUACCUGACUGGGGAACUGACGGCCACCAGUGAAGACUAUAAGCUUCUGGAAAAUAUGAAUAAACUAACCAGCCUGAAGUAUCUUGAAAUGAAAGAUAUUGCUAUAAACAUUAGUAGAAACUUAAAGGACUUAAACCAGAAGUAUGCUGGACUGCAGCCUUAUCUGGAUCAGAUCAAUGUAAUUGAGGAGCAGGUAGCAGCUCUUGAGCAGGCAGCCUACAAGCUGGAUGCGUAUUCAAAGAAACUGGAAGCCAAAUACAAGAAGCUGGAGAAGCGAUGAAAAACUUAUUCCUGUGGGACAAAGUCUUUUUUAAUGUGGGAAGAAUGUUUAUAAGACCUGAAUCUUGAGGCUGAUGAAUUGUCAAAACUCCUCAAAAGGCAACUAUGCUGGUCGUCCCAGAAACUUUGCAACAUUGGAGUAAACUGAAGGACUGUGGCUACUCCUGGAAUAACUUCUUCUGAGGCAGAAUCCCUCAAAAACUCACCCUUAUAACUCCUUACCUUUUACUUGAAUGCUUCAUCAUCCAUUCAGGACAGAGACUCUCUCAAAUUUUGCAUAAACCUGGACUUGCCAGUAGAAUCAAAUGAGUGGGCCUGUUUUCCCUGGUAGCAGUUGAUUACUACAUUAUUUUCUUAAAUGGCUGGUUUUUGAGUUACUGUGUAAAUGGUUGUUUUUUUCUAUUAAGGAUGUAAUGUAUUGCUAACAAGAUUCUAAAUUAAAAAAGGAAAACAAAA